GCGAUUGAAUGUAAUCGCGUCUCAUUGUAGAUGAGUGCAGUAUACUUCGAUACCUUGAAUGAAUUGCUGCUUGAAAUUCCACCUGAUGGACUAGGGAAGAAUGUUACUGUAGAGGUACCCGUUUAUCUCCUUGGGUUGGUCGAUGGACCUAAGAAGAGUGGACUUCUACUCGUGACAGACUUCCUUUCAGGUAAACCUUUUGUGAGCAAACAAAAUGCUAUUUCAUUUGACAUGCUCAGAUCGGGAGGACCUUUGCCGGAUGACUUCAUAUUCAGUAUUCCGUGUACGCGGACAUGCUACUCCCUGUUGUUAAAGCGAUUUAAAUCAGACCAGAUUCUCUUUUCCAAGGCCCAGUUUCUGGCGGUUUCAUUUGAUCUUACCUACUCGCCGGAGGGUAAAUGCAUUGGUAAAGAGAUGGCUAGUGCCAACAAUGUGGCAGAUGUAGCUACAUUCAAGAACCUUGCGGCUGCCAAAGCUUUGUUUGAACGAUUCACCAAACUCGUGAAUGAUGAUAUUCAGCUGCGAGUAGCAGCGAGAGUAAAAGCUCUUUUGAAAAACAACGAUGCCAAGCGACGUCGAGUUGAUGAAGGCAUAUUCAGCUCGUGGAGACAGAGCAGAGUGACACAUGGAGCAGAUCUUGCAUUCCAUCAAAACCCAGUGGAUGUAGAAACGCAGCAAUUUGAUGACUUUGUUGCCCCUAGAAUUAGUGACGAGACAAUGAUGAGCCAGCCAGAGCGUCAAGUGCCCAACACAUCUCUCCUAACAGAUACUACUGUCAAUACAAAUGGAAAGUCAGUUGGAACAGAGCUUGUUUGUACGUCGAAUUCUUCCAAUUCAAACGGCACGCUCAUUUCACAAAAUCAACCCACUCGUCCUGUUGCAGUAAUUGCUGAAUCGUCCCUUAGGUUUUCAUCUCAAGGACUGCCUUCUUCUUGUUCCCUUCUAUCUGACAAAUUUGAUAAUUUUCUUGUGAAUCGAAUUUCUAUCAACAGCCUUUUCAAGCUUCCAGAAUCUGCCAGUGAAACUAACAAGGGUCAUGUAUUUGAAAUCAAAGGAUUCUUCCGACUGCCAUUGCCGCUUGAUCACUUUGUGGUUAAACCAUAUGGUCGGACUCUCAAGUUUUCUGGGUUUAGACUCUUUUUAUUCGAGGAUUUGGGUUCUUCAAAUUUAGAUUACCUUGAAUUGGAGUUCCCAAGUGUUGAAGAAACCUGUAGGUUUCUUGGGCUUUUAGAGGAAGAGGACUGGUUCUUGAAGCAUGCCAGUGUCAUUCGUGAUUUGCAGAGAAUUUUAGAUAGAAGCGGUCCUAUAGCAGCCAGUGUCACGAGGCGAAGUACUAAGUUAGCUGGUGGUAACACUGAGAGAAGCUACUGGACUUGUUGUGGAACUUUGCAGAGCUUGCUGCAAGGCUUUUAAGGAAUUGUAACAAAGUACUGACAACUAAUCCCUCUCAUGCAUACGGAAAUAGUGUUUUACGCCUACCAUAAUAUAAAAAGAUGCUAUAUUUUUCUUAUCGCCAAGAUUAAGUUUAACUAUUUGCAAUGAGAACAAUAAGCCUUAGUAGCCACAAGACAGAUUCCCAUCGAAGGAUAAAUUAACCGCAGCAGGCGAGGCUGAUAAGAUCAUUCUUUGCACUAUAAAUAUCUGGGUGUGCGUCGCUCCACGUCUAAAACGUAGACUCCAGCCAGCGCGAUGGCACGCUAAUUUUAGAAGUGCACGCGGCGCGGCGUACUGCCCCUUUUUAGCGCAUUCACACUGUAAACAUCCAUACUAUAAAGAAUAAAGACUCAGGAGUUUUUUGAUCUUUUCUUAAUUUUAAAUCGAUUCUAAAUGUUUAUUCCUUCCAUUGAUAUCUGCCCUGCUAAAUUACUCUCCCGUGACAUAUCUGGAGAUGUGACUUCAACUGCUAAAAGCUUCAAGUCCUGGGAUACUUGUAUGGACAAUACUGCUUGCAAAGUCAUUGCUAUCGUGGGCAUUGUGUUAGCGAGUCUUGUGGUGAUGUGGGCCAUUUCUACCGUCAUUAGAUGCGUAUGUUUGGGCUUCUCAUGUCUUGAGGCCUUAUUUUGCUGUUGUUGCAGGUCAACUUCUAGAGGGUAUCAAGACAAACAGAUUCAACCGUACGAAAAUCCGAACAUGUAUGUCCGGACAGCUCCCCCCAUGUAUCAACAACAACAACAAUACCCAGUUUCUCAACAUGCAUACGUUCCCCAGCGGAGUAUGGAACUUGGAUCGGCCCAUAAUGGAUACGAGCCAGCGGGGUACCAGGUGGUUGAUUCACAUUCAAGAACCGAUCCAUUCCAAGAUCAUAAGACAUCUUAUAGAGGAAACAACUUUUAGGUUUCUCCUCACAUUUUAACGCACUGAAACCCUAACGGCCUAUAUCUUUUGUACACUAGUCCUUUUUAUAAUAUACAUUUUUAGUAUUU